AUGCUCAGCUUGUCUGUGGUUCGGUGGCUGGAGCAGCUGUGGGACUCUGAUGCCAAGACCCGGGGGUGCUCGCAAGCCACCAUGUCGCUUGACAACUACGCUCUCGAUCCCGCCGACGCCAAGAUCCUCAGCCACGGCCUCAUAGAGCUGCGGCUAGCUCGCCUCUCCUCUACCGUAGCCUCGCUCGAGCGGACUCUUUCCGAAAGAGGCGGUGACUUCUCAGCGUGCCAUGACUUGAUAAGCGUUAGGGACUGGGAUUAUGCAAACAGGAUCCGUCGCUGCCGGAAGAACAAGCACAAGGUCAAGGACAAGGACAAGGGCAACGACAAGGGCAACGACAAGACCACGACCAAGACCACGACCAAGACCAAGACCAAGACCAAGGCCAAGGCCAAGACCAGGAACAAGGACAAGGACAAGGACAAGGACAAGGACAAGGACAAGGACAAGUGCAAGACCAAGAACAAGAGCAGGGACUCCAACAAGGUCAAGAACGAGGACACCAUCAAGGACAAGAGCAAGAACAAGAACACCAACACCAACAUGAUUGGAUGCUACCGGCCACCUUUGCGGAAUCAGCAUCCACAACCUGCGAUUUCGACAGCAUGUUCGCCCUAG